AAAAAUAAAGAGGAGAGAACGGAGCAGGGCUGAACAAUAGAGACAGGCAGACGGGAGAGAAGGAGGACCAGCUGCUGCUGCUGGAGAAGGAGAGCUGGAGGCUGAGGCAUCUUGGACCCCCUGUCCCUGAGCCAGAGAGGAGGCAAGCAGCCCGGCGGAGGGAACGGGCUACCAUGGGGGAGCCGGCAGAAGGCUCCCCCAGCCCUCCCCGAGCCUCUGCUUGAAGCUGUGCAUCAUCUCCUCCGGCUCCCCCAUCCCGCGCCUGCCCGCCCUCGAAACCCCAAUUCCUUAGGAUCUGAUCGCUUCGGCUUCUGGGCACCGGGUCUCCGCCGCCCUCGCCCCCGCCCCCACGGAGGAGACGAGACGCCGGCCCUCCGUUUCACCUCCCGGGGGCUGUCCGCAGAGCCCCCUCCCCAGUCAUGAACCCCCCGGAGGGGGCAGCGGAGGAAGGAGGAGCAGCCGACUCGGACGUGGAUGCGUUUUUCCGGACAGGUUCUUUUCGAAAUGAUGGUUUGAAAGCUGCUGAUGUCCUCCCUAUCCUGAAGGAAAAAGUGGCCUUUGUGUCAGGUGGCCGAGAUAAGCGAGGUGGACCCAUUCUGACUUUCCCUGCACGGAGCAAUCAUGACAGAAUAAGGCAGGAAGACUUGCGGAAACUUGUGACCUAUUUGGCCAGUGUGCCAAGUGAGGACGUGUGCAAACGUGGCUUCACUGUUAUCAUCGACAUGAGGGGCUCCAAGUGGGACCUCAUCAAGCCCCUGCUGAAGACACUGCAGGAGGCCUUCCCUGCGGAGAUCCAUGUGGCCCUCAUCAUCAAACCCGACAACUUCUGGCAGAAGCAGAAAACCAACUUUGGAAGCUCCAAAUUUAUCUUUGAGACAAGCAUGGUGUCAGUGGAAGGUCUGGCUAAGCUGGUGGACCCCUCCCAGCUGACAGAGGAAUUUGAAGGCUCCCUAGACUACAACCAUGACGAGUGGAUAGACCUCCGGGUCUCUCUGGAGGAGUUCUUCAACAGUGCUGUUCAUCUGCUCUCCCGCCUUGAGGACCUUCAGGAGAUGUUGGCCCGCAAGGAGUUCCCGGUGGAUGUGGAAGGCUCUCGGCGACUCAUUGACGAACACACGCAGCUCAAGAAGAAGGUGCUGAAGGCCCCCGUAGAGGAGUUGGACAGGGAAGGGCAGCGGCUGCUUCAGUGCAUUCGCUGCAGCGAUGGCUUCUCGGGACGCAACUGCAUCCCAGGCAGUGCUGACUUCCAGAGCCUUGUCCCCAAGAUCACCAGCCUCCUGGACAAAUUGCACUCUACCCGGCAACACCUGCACCAGAUGUGGCAUGUGCGCAAACUCAAACUGGACCAGUGCUUCCAGCUACGGCUCUUUGAGCAGGAUGCUGAGAAGAUGUUCGACUGGAUCAGCCAUAACAAAGAGUUAUUCCUCCAGAGUCACACAGAGAUUGGAGUCAGCUACCAACAUGCCUUGGACCUACAGACUCAGCACAAUCACUUUGCUAUGAACUCCAUGAAUGCCUAUGUGAACAUCAAUCGCAUCAUGUCCGUGGCCUCCCGCCUGUCAGAAGCAGGGCACUAUGCUUCCCAGCAGAUCAAACAGAUCUCCACCCAACUGGACCAAGAAUGGAAGAGCUUUGGCGCCCUAGAUGAGCGCAGCACCAUCCUGGCCAUGUCGGCCGUGUUCCACCAGAAAGCCGAGCAGUUCCUGUCAGGAGUGGACGCCUGGUGCAAGAUGUGCAGUGAAGGCGGCCUCCCAUCUGAGACACAGGACCUAGAGCUGGCCAUCCACCACCACCAGUCAUUGUAUGAGCAGGUGACACAGGCCUACACUGAGGUCAGCCAGGAUGGCAAAGCCUUGCUGGAUGUAUUGCAGCGGCCCCUGAGUCCUGGCAACUCGGAGUCCCUGACAGCCACUGCCAAUUACUCCAAAGCUGUGCACCAGGUCCUGGAUGUCGUCCAUGAGGUGCUGCACCACCAGCGAAGGCUUGAGAGCGUCUGGCAGCACCGGAAGGUCCGCCUGCACCAGCGGCUGCAGCUCUGCGUCUUCCAGCAGGAUGUGCAGCAGGUGUUGGACUGGAUCGAAAACCACGGUGAGGCCUUUCUCAGCAAACACACAGGUGUUGGGAAGUCCCUGCAUCGAGCCCGGGCCCUGCAGAAGAGACAUGAUGACUUUGAAGAAGUUGCUCAGAACACAUACACCAAUGCAGACAAGCUCCUAGAGGCAGCCGAGCAGUUGGCACAGACUGGAGAAUGUGACCCAGAGGAGAUCUACAAGGCAGCUCGGCACCUGGAAGUCCGAAUCCAAGAUUUCGUGCGCCGGGUGGAACAGCGGAAGCUUCUCUUGGAUAUGUCUGUCUCCUUUCACACGCACACCAAAGAGCUGUGGACAUGGAUGGAGGACCUGCAGAAGGAGCUGCUGGAAGAUGUGUGCGCCGACUCGGUGGAUGCUGUCCAGGAGCUGAUCAAGCAGUUCCAGCAGCAGCAGACAGCCACUCUGGACGCCACGCUCAACGUCAUCAAGGAAGGAGAAGACCUUAUUCAGCAACUCAGGGACUCAGCGGUGUCCAGCAACAAGACGCCUCAUAAUAGUUCCAUCAGCCACAUCGAAUCGGUCCUGCAGCAGCUGGAUGAAGCUCAAGUGCAGAUGGAAGAGCUUUUCCAUGAGCGCAAAAUCAAGCUGGACAUCUUCCUACAGCUCCGGAUCUUUGAGCAAUACACCAUUGAGGUGACGGCAGAGCUGGAUGCCUGGAAUGAGGACCUGCUGAGACAAAUGAAUGACUUCAACACCGAGGACCUGACCCUGGCAGAGCAGCGGUUACAACGUCACACGGAGAGGAAGCUGGCUAUGAACAACAUGACCUUUGAAGUCAUCCAGCAGGGCCAGGAUCUGCACCAGUACAUUAUGGAGGUCCAAGCCUCAGGUAUCGAGUUGAUCUGUGAGAAGGACAUUGAUCUCGCAGCCCAAGUACAAGAGCUCCUGGAGUUUCUCCACGAGAAGCAGCACGAAUUGGAGCUUAACGCAGACCAGACCCACAAACGUCUGGAGCAGUGCCUGCAGCUCCGGCACCUCCAGGCUGAGGUCAAACAGGUCCUGGGCUGGAUACGCAAUGGGGAAUCGAUGCUGAAUGCCAGUUUGGUCAAUGCCAGCUCUUUGUCAGAAGCUGAGCAGCUUCAGCGGGAGCAUGAACAGUUCCAACUAGCCAUCGAGAAGACACACCAGAGUGCCCUGCAGGUGCAGCAGAAGGCAGAGGUAUUGCUCCAAGCUGGGCACUAUGAUGCCGAUGCCAUCCGGGAAUGUGCCGAGAAGGUGGCGAUGCACUGGCAGCAGCUGAUGCUGAAGAUGGAAGACAGGCUCAAGCUGGUCAAUGCCUCUGUGGCCUUUUACAAAACAUCUGAGCAGGUAUGCAGUGUCCUGGAGAGCCUAGAGCAGGAAUACCGGAGAGAUGAGGACUGGUGCGGUGGACGGGAUAAAUUGGGCCCAGCAGCAGAGAUUGACCAUGUCAUUCCACUCAUCAGCAAACAUCUGGAACAAAAAGAGGCUUUCCUCAAGGCAUGCACACUGGCCCGCAGAAACGCCGAAGUGUUUCUGAAGUACAUCCACAGGAACAACGUCAGCAUGCCCAGUGUGGCCAGCCAUACCCGGGGACCUGAGCAACAAGUGAAAGCCAUCUUGAGCGAGCUCCUUCAGAGGGAGAACCGAGUGCUGCAUUUCUGGACCUUGAAGAAGCGACGAUUAGACCAGUGCCAGCAGUAUGUGGUGUUCGAGCGCAGCGCCAAGCAGGCACUUGACUGGAUCCAAGAGACAGGCGAAUAUUUCCUCUCAACACACAACUCCACGGGCGAGUCCACAGAGGAGACUCAAGAACUGCUGAAAGAGUAUGGGGAAUUCAGGGUGCCGGCCAAGCAAACAAAGGAGAAAGUGAAACUUCUGAUUCAACUGGCUGACAGCUUUGUUGAAAAGGGCCACAUCCAUGCCACUGAGAUCAGGAAGUGGGUGACUACAGUAGACAAGCACUAUCGGGACUUCUCCCUGAGGAUGGGGAAGUACCGCUACUCACUGGAGAAAGCCCUGGGAGUCAACACUGAGGAUAACAAGGACCUGGAGCUGGACAUCAUCCCAGCAAGCCUCUCUGACCGAGAGGUCAAACUACGGGAUGCCAACCACGAGGUCAACGAAGAGAAGCGGAAAUCAGCUCGAAAGAAAGAGUUCAUCAUGGCAGAACUCCUCCAGACAGAAAAGGCAUAUGUAAGAGAUUUACAUGAGUGCUUAGAGACAUACCUGUGGGAAAUGACAAGUGGCGUGGAGGAGAUCCCCCCGGGGAUUCUUAACAAAGAACACAUCAUCUUUGGCAACAUCCAGGAGAUCUACGAUUUUCAUAACAACAUCUUCCUCAAAGAACUGGAGAAAUAUGAACAGUUGCCUGAGGACGUGGGACACUGCUUUGUCACCUGGGCAGACAAAUUCCAGAUGUACGUCACCUACUGUAAAAACAAGCCUGAUUCCAGCCAGUUGAUCCUGGAGCAUGCAGGCACCUUCUUUGAUGAAAUCCAGCAGCGCCAUGGACUAGCCAACUCUAUCUCUUCCUACUUAAUCAAGCCCGUCCAGAGGAUCACUAAGUACCAACUGCUCCUGAAGGAGCUUUUAACCUGCUGUGAAGAAGGGAAAGGGGAGCUCAAGGAUGGCCUGGAAGUGAUGCUCAGCGUUCCAAAGAAAGCUAAUGACGCCAUGCACGUCAGCAUGUUGGAAGGGUUUGAUGAGAACCUGGAUGUCCAGGGGGAGCUGAUUCUCCAGGACGCCUUCCAAGUAUGGGAUCCCAAGUCUCUGAUCCGGAAGGGACGGGAACGACAUUUGUUCCUCUUUGAGAUCUCCUUGGUGUUUAGCAAGGAAAUCAAAGACUCUUCAGGGCACACGAAAUAUGUUUACAAGAACAAACUACUGACCUCAGAACUGGGUGUGACCGAGCACGUGGAAGGCGAUCCCUGUAAAUUUGCCUUGUGGUCCGGGCGCACACCUUCCUCGGACAACAAAACUGUAUUGAAGGCCUCCAGUAUCGAAACCAAGCAGGAGUGGAUCAAGAACAUUCGAGAGGUGGUUCAAGAAAGGAUCAUUCACCUGAAGGGUGCUUUAAAAGAGCCGAUACAGCUCCCUAAGACACCAGCCAAACAGAGGAACAAUAGUAAGAGGGAUGGAGUAGAUGAUAUUGACAGCCAGGGGGAUGGGAGCAGUCAACCAGACACUAUCUCCAUCGCUUCCAGAACCUCUCAGAACACAGUCGACAGUGACAAGCCCAAGAGAGUGAUUUGGAGGAUGGCCAGGGUACAGCUGGAUGGUGGGAACGUUAUCCACGGUGCUUUCUAUGGUGAUAUGACCUUUCUCCCGAGGGGACCUGUUUGGAAUCCUGGGACUCAGUCCCCCAGGGCAGAGGCAACGAGGACAGAGUGUGUGAAGCAGUUUGGAGAGGAUGUGUCAAUCUUGGCAACGACCCGGCUCUCUGGAGGAUGUGAGCUGACCGUGGUGCUCCAGGACUUCAAUGCUGGCCACAGCAGUGAGUUGACCAUUCAGGUGGGACAGACAGUGGAGCUAUUGGAGAGACCCAGUGAACGACCUGGCUGGUGUCUAGUCCGAACCACUGAACGAAGCCCCCCACAGGAGGGUCUGGUCCCCAGCAGUGCACUCUGCAUCUCCCAUUCCCGAAGCAGCGUGGAGAUGGACUGCUUCUUCCCCUUGGUGAAAGAUGCUUACUCAGCCUCUUCAGGUGAAAAUGGAGGCAAGUCAGAGUCUGUGGCCAAUCUCCAACCUCAGUCUUCCUUAAACUCCAUCCAGAGCUCUCCAGGUCCCAAACGUUCCACCAACACCCUCAAGAAAUGGUUGACCAGUCCUGUGCGCAGGCUAAACAGUGGCAAAGCCGAGAGCAACAUCAAAAAGCAAAAGAAAGUACGAGAUGGUCGGAAGAGUUUCGAUCUGGGAUCCCCCAAGACUGGAGAUGAAACCACCCCACAGGGGGACAGUGCUGAUGAGAAGAGCAAGAAAGGUUGGGGUGAGGAUGAGCCAGAUGAAGAAUCCCACACACCACUUCCUCCUCCAAUGAAAAUCUUUGACAACGACCCCACGCAGGAUGAAAUGUCCUCCUCUUUGCUAGCAGCCCGGCAGGGCUCUGCUGAUGUACCCACUGCUGCGGAUCUUGUCAGUGCAAUAGAAAAAUUGGUCAAAAGUAAACUGAGCUUAGAAGGAGGUUCUUACCGAGGGAGCUUGAAAGACCCCACAGGUUGUCUGAAUGAAGGGAUGGCUCCACCUACACCACCUCGGAACCUGGAAGAGGAGCAGAAAGCCAAAGCCCUCAGGGGCAGGAUGUUUGUCCUGAAUGAGCUGGUCCAGACAGAGAAAGACUAUGUGAAGGACCUGGGGAUUGUGGUGGAGGGAUUCAUGAAGAGAAUAGAAGAAAAGGGAGUCCCUGAAGACAUGCGAGGGAAGGACAAGAUCGUGUUUGGCAAUAUUCAUCAGAUUUAUGACUGGCAUAAAGAUUUUUUCCUGGGUGAACUGGAAAAAUGUAUUCAGGAGCAAGACCGGCUGGCACAACUUUUUAUUAAGCACGAGCGGAAAUUGCACAUCUAUGUGUGGUACUGUCAGAAUAAACCACGGUCAGAGUACAUAGUCGCAGAAUAUGACGCCUACUUUGAAGAGGUGAAACAAGAAAUCAGCCAGAGGCUGACACUUAGUGACUUCCUCAUCAAGCCCAUUCAGAGAAUAACCAAGUACCAGCUGCUGCUCAAGGACUUCCUAAGGUACAGUGAGAAGGCUGGUCUGGAGUGUGCAGAUAUUGAGAAAGCAGUGGAGUUAAUGUGCCUUGUUCCAAAACGCUGCAAUGACAUGAUGAACCUGGGACGCCUGCAGGGUUUUGAGGGCACCCUGACAGCCCAGGGAAAGCUGCUUCAGCAGGAUACCUUCUACGUGAUUGAGCAGGACGCAGGCAUGCAGUCCCGGACCAAGGAAAGGCGUGUGUUCCUCUUUGAACAGAUCGUCAUCUUCAGUGAGCUUCUGCGAAAGGGCUCUCUCACACCAGGCUACAUGUUCAAAAGAAGCAUCAAGAUGAACUACCUUGUCCUGGAGGAGAAUGUGGACAAUGACCCCUGUAAGUUUGCCCUUAUGAGCCGGGAAACAUCAGAAAGGGUCAUUCUACAGGCAGCCAAUGCAGACAUCCAACAAGCCUGGGUUCAGGACAUUAACCAAGUCUUGGAUACACAGCGAGAUUUCUUAAAUGCGCUACAGUCACCGAUUGAGUAUCAGCGGAAGGAACGGAGCACAGCCGUCAUGAGGACCCAGCCUCCCAGAGUACCCCAGGCCGGCCCCAGGCCCUACUCUGCUGUCUCUGUGGGGGCUGAAAAGCCCCCAAAGGGCUCCAGCCGUAACCCAUCACUGCCACCCCUGAAGAUAUCUACCUCCAAUGGCAGUCCAGGGUUUGACUACCAUCAGCCUGGGGACAAGUAUGAGUCCAGCAAGAAUGACAUGGGAGGCUGCAACGGGACCUCAUCCAUGGCAGUGAUCAAAGAUUACUACGCACUGAAAGAGAACGAAAUCUGCGUGAGCCAGGGCGAGGUGGUCCAGGUCCUCGCCGUCAACCAGCAGAACAUGUGCCUGGUCUACCAGCCCGCUAGCGAUCAUUCCCCUGCAGCCGAGGGCUGGGUCCCGGGCACCAUCCUGGCGCCCCUCACCAAAGCCACAGCUGCAGCAGAAAAUAGCGACGCAAGCAUCAAGAAGUCAUGUUCAUGGCAUACCCUACGCAUGAGAAAGCGGGCGGAAAUGGAGAGCACGGGUAAAAAUGAAUCCACAGGGCCUCGUAAAUCCAAGGAGAUUCUGGGCAGCAAAGUCUCAGUUAAAGAGACGAACAGUUCCGAGGAGUCAGAGUGUGAUGAUCUUGACCCUAAUACUAGUAUGGAGAUCUUGAAUCCAAAUUUCAUCCAAGAAGUUGCCCCUGAAUUCCUCGUGCCCCUGAUGGAUGUGACCUGCUUACUGGGUGAUACCGUGACCCUGCAGUGCAAAGUGUGUGGGAGACCAAAGCCCAACAUUAUCUGGAAGGGCCCUGACCAGAACAUCCUGGACAAUGACAACAGCACGGCCACAUACACAGUCUCUUCCUGUGAUUCUGGUGAAAUCGCUCUGAAGAUCUGCAACCUGAUGCCCCAGGACAGUGGGAUUUACACAUGUGUGGCAACGAAUGACCACGGGACAGCAUCAACAUCAGCUACAGUCAAAGUGCAAGGUGUUCCGGCAGCACCAAAUCGUCCCAUUGCCCAAGAAAGGAGCUGCACAUCUGUGAUUCUCCGAUGGCUGCCUCCAUCCAGCACAGGGAACUGCACCAUCUCUGGCUACACUGUGGAGUACAGGGAAGAAGGUUCCCAGGUCUGGCAGCAGUCUGUGGCUUCAACCCUGGACACUUACCUGGUCAUUGAAGACCUGAGCCCAGGAUGCCCUUACCAAUUCAGAGUCAGUGCCAGCAACCCCUGGGGGAUCAGCUUACCCAGUGAACCCUCUGAGUUCGUGAGACUCCCAGAAUAUGAUGCUGCAGCUGAUGGUGCUACCAUUUCCUGGAAGGAAAAUUUUGACUUAGCUUACACGGAGCUGAGUGAAAUUGGAAGGGGUCGGUUCUCCAUCGUGAAGAAGUGCAUUCACAAAGCUACUCGAAAAGAUGUUGCUGUGAAAUUCAUUAGCAAAAAAAUGAAGAAGAAGGAGCAAGCAGCACAUGAAGCUGCCCUCCUCCAGCACCUGCAGCACCCUCAGUAUGUUACACUCCACGACACCUAUGAGUCGCCCACAUCUUACAUCUUGGUUUUGGAGCUGAUGGAUGACGGCCGACUCUUGGACUAUCUUAUGAAUCAUGAUGAACUUAUGGAAGAAAAAGUUGCUUUCUACAUCCGAGAUACCAUGGAAGCCUUACAAUAUCUACACAAUUGCAGGGUUGCUCAUUUGGAUAUCAAGCCUGAAAACCUGCUCAUUGACUUACGGAUCCCAGUGCCUCGAGUGAAGCUCAUUGAUUUGGAGGAUGCUGUCCAGAUCUCAGGUCACUUCCAUAUCCACCACUUGCUAGGGAAUCCAGAGUUUGCUGCCCCAGAGGUCAUCCAGGGCAUUCCUGUCUCCUUGGGCACAGACAUCUGGAGCAUCGGAGUCUUGACCUAUGUCAUGUUGAGUGGUGUUUCCCCCUUUCUGGAUGAGAGCAAAGAGGAGACAUGCAUCAACGUAUGUAGGGUGGACUUCAGUUUCCCCCAUGAGUACUUCUGCGGAGUCAGCAACACGGCAAGAGAUUUCAUUAAUGUGAUGUUACAGGAAGACUUCCGGCGGAGGCCCACGGCAGCCACCUGCCUGCAACACCCCUGGCUACAGCCCCAUAAUGGCAGCUACUCCAAAAUCCCCCUGGAUACCUCACGACUGGCCUGCUUCAUAGAACGCCGGAAACACCAAAAUGACGUUCGCCCAGUUCCCAAUGUCAAGAGCUUCAUUGUCAGUCGGAUGAACCAAGGGACAUAAGCAUGCUCCCUGCCCCUGAGGCUUGACUGGGAUGCACAGUGUGAGCAAAAAGGGAGGCAAUGUUGGGUUGUAAAUAGUUCUGUGUUAAACCAUUUGACUUCCUACAGUUCCCUAGGUUGAGUGAUGUACCUCAUGCACCUUUUUCCAGUGAUUAUUCAAUGUCUAAACAACAGUAAAAACCCACCCUGAAUCUAGGAGUUUUAUGAUAGUUGGCUAAUUACCCUCUCUAUAAGAUUAUUCUACAAAGGCAAGGAAUAAGCUAAGUAUUGGGAUUGUGGAAAAUAAAAGGGGUGAGGGUAGGGAAAGGCCUUCAUGGCUACUUUCAGGUGGACUUAGGUCAAAAUGGAAAAUAAUGAGUUCCAAGUGGAGUCUUAAAUGGAGUCAACUGAAGCUCAUGCUAGUGAGCCAAUACAGAACUGAAAAGCAUUCUCUUUGUUGAGAUCUUCAAAAACAACCACAGAGUUCUGUGUAAUAGAGGUGGCCCAUCUGUCAUCUGCUCCAGUUUAGGUAUAUUAGAUAUAAUUUCUUAAUACAAACAUAUGUGAGCAUACAGUAGGUUCCAGAGUUUUAUGAUAUAUGUAUAUAUAUGUAUGUAAAAUAGAUAUAGCUUUAAAAUCAAUCACCGGUACCUUUCUGUCCUAGAGUUAAAACAGUUAUUUAUAGGAGCAGUAAGUCGUUUUGACUUAAGCACAAUUAGAUGAUGGAUUUUUAAAAAAUAUUUUAUAAAACCUUGUAUAGAAAUCUUUUACCAAAACCAGAGGAAUUGAUGUUACCCUUUUUUUUUCCAGUAUCUGUAAGCUUAUGACUUUGCUUCCAGCUGAAGGUUUGUUUGAUGAACACUGAAUUGUGUCUAUCAAAAUUCUGUUUCGUUAACAGCUCAGAAGUCAUCUGGUAGAGAAAUCUGCUGGAGAACUAGGUCAGCAAUGAAACUUAAAAUUUAGGUGUCCAUUCAUGGUAGUGAGCAAAUCCAGGGGCGUAUUUUUAUGCCUCCACCCGACUUUAAAAUAGGUCCAUGAAUAUGAUAUGUUCACUUGAUAGGGCCAUUAGAAACCUUUCUUACAGUUCUUAUCCACGAAGGAGCAGAAUUCUAGUUUCUUCUACAGACAUGCAUCAGACACUGAGAAACUUCCCUUGUAUCCUUAUCACUGCUAUUUGUAGUGAUGUUUGUCUACUAGGGGGAGGCAGCCAUAUGUCUCUCUUCAAGGGCCUGGAAGAAGCAAAAUUUCUAGGGAAAUGGGUGAAAACGCUCUCUCUGUGUGGACUACCCUUUUGGUUCCUGGAUUUCCACAUGCUAUCAGAACCAGUUUUUUUUAGGGGGUGGUACUCAUUAUGGGGAGCUGGAAUCCACCCUCUCCUGAGCAAAAGCUCCUCACAGCAUCACUUCAAAAUCAGACUGGAGGACACCCAGGGAGACUUAAUUUUGAAGCCAUGAAGUGAAGCCUUGUAGAUCAUCCAAAGGGAACAUUGCUUUCCUUAGGGCUACAAUAGAUGUUACUCCUUAGCCCCAGGCAUUUCUCUGGACUCCCAAAACCAUUUUGAAGGCUGAUGCUGCUCUCUAGACUAGAGUAUGCUGUCUCAGAAUAACGCUAUAUUGCUAAUUGCCCUUUCUUCCUUGGUAGAAGCAAAAAGUGUUAAAACCUGAGUAUUUUUACUCUAAUUUUAUAUAAGACCUAACCCCAUACUUUCCAAGGUGUCUUCUAAAAUGUGCUGUCACACAGUUGACGUUUUUAAGCUUAACUGAAUCAUCCACCCAAAUAGAUUUCCCAGAAUUCCUUCUCUCUUCCAGCAGGAAGGACUCAAAUCAUGCAGGGAGUGCAAGCAGAUCAUUUGGGAAUGGUUCCCCAGUAUCCAUCUGCAUGUUUGGGUGAAAAAAUGUUGUAGGUGAAAAAAUAUUGAAAAUCAAACCUGAACUAAGAUAAUAUCCAGAAAUCUUUCAUCUCACAGUGGAAAUAGAGAAUUAGUAAUAGCUCACUGAAUAUUUUUCAGAAUGUUAAAAGAUAACUUUAUCAUCUGCCCUUCCCUGACUCCACACUAUUCCUAAAACCUCCCUAAGUUUAUGUAUUAAUAAAUUAGUAGUAAGUACAAGCAAUAAGACUAGGUAGCACUUAGCAUUUUCGGGAUUAACCAAAUAUGUGUAAACCGACUCUGACUGUAUUUGUUUUCUAGCUUGUGAAUGGCCUUGGGUUACCAAUUCAGAUGCCUUGGAGACUAUUGACUUGAUCUAUAAAUGCUCCAUUCAAACACAGACACACACGGUUUUUGAUUUGAAAAAAAAAAUCAUCUAAAUUCCUAAGUCCUCCAUAGUAGAAAAAUACCAAUACAAAAUAUGAUGGACCCUAGCCUAGGAUUUAUUUUGCAAAGGGGAGGGGGAAAUGACCUCAUUGUAGGGUCAGAGAAUCAUUUGAGUUUUCAAAAGGUGCCACGCCAUUUGGUGUGUCCAUUUCUUUUUUCUUCUACCUAGAACAGAUGAUUUAAAGAACUCUCUUGAACAUCAAUAGAGUUAUCAUGGCCAGGCAAGACAGCUGAGUGUUGGUUUCUCAAAAGCAGAGCCUAGACUAGGAGGAAUGCAGAUUGGGUGUGAUGGCUAAAGAAUUGGAGUUGAAGAGGCAGUGUCAAGGAGAAGUGGCCAUGUGCAAUAUAUCAGCUAUGGUAGGGGCUUCCAUAUUUCAUCAGCUUUGGGAUGACCCAGGAAUGGUUGCCUAGAUUGCUCCAGAAUAAAUAACUGGAAAAGUUCAAAUGAAAGCAUGGUGUGGUGGGGGAAAAAAAUAGAUCUAGAGUCAAAGGAACUGGGUUCAAAUCCUCGCUCUGCCACUUACUC